GUGUUUGUGUGUGUGUUUGUAUGGACGUGCGUGCAUUGGGCAAAAAACAUGUUGAGACAUGCAAAUGGGAACGCCCGUUGUUGAUGUCGUUGAUUGUGUGGCGUGGGUGUGCGUGUUUGAUUUGGCAGUCAGGGCACGUCCACACAGGUGGACAAUGUUCUGCUGCAGCAUAGAAAAAAAUGUCAAAAGGGAAAAAAAAAAUUCCCAACUUGUGACACUGCGCUUAUUCAACCUUUGACCUUGGGCCAUGUCUCAUGGGGGACCGCAUUAAAUCGCAAUCGGCUUCUUGUUUUUGCUUUGGGUGGCGCGUCGAUGAGCUAGGGCCUCUUCCAGUGGCUCGCUCGCUAAGUCGCUGUCUUUGUGAGACAACAAGGGGCUCAGUUAGCGUUGUCACAAUGACACAAGUUGUUCCACUGGACACUCAGUUUAACAAACACUGGCUCUGUUCUUUUUCAAACCAGCUCGUUGUUUCAUUCCCGGUCAGCCGGCCGGCAGGAGCCUUUGCUCGCUCGCUCGCUCUUCAGCGUGCCAGUGUGCUGUUUGAGCAAGGAGGCGUGGCCGACGCUGUAGCUAGUGAGGAGGCUCGAAAUUUCACAAUGAGAAACUGGCACAGUUUGAAAACAGAUAUUUUUAUAUCUAGCCUGAAACAGCACCACACGCGCUGACCUACAUUUACAACUAAAAUGUGGACACUUCCGCUGCACGCCCCCCCCAACUCCAGUCGACCACAUUUUCCAUGGUCCCGUUUUGUCAAUGAAUGUGUAAACUAGGGUUAAGGGUUCAAGGUAGGGGUUUCAAUUAGGGAUUAGGGGUUCAAGAAUGGUUUGAAACCAGAGUUAGGGUUUCAAUCAGAGUUUUAAAAUGUGGGUUUUAACUAUGAUUAGGGUUUCAAAGUAAGGUUUUAAACCAGUAUCAAGGUACAAAAUGAGGAGUUGAAAUGAGAGUUGUAAAACUGGGGUUAGGGUUUCAAACAAGGGCUUUACAAUUAGGACUACGGCUUCAAAUUAGUUAUUCAAAUUACUUCCCCCCACCCCAUCGGUUACCGUGGCCAUUUUCGGUUUGUACGCGACUACAAGGUACCGCUUUCCGUUAAGUUUGGCCCCAAAGUUGCGUGGGAGAGCCCCUGCUUUUGCGCCGAGCGACGUCACAUGUCCAAAUUACGACUAUUUCGCUGAGCGUCUGAACGCAGCACGUCUCAGAGAAGGCGGACCGUCUCCGCCUUCGAGACGUGAAAGAAGCGAGGAGGGGGGAGGAGGGGAAAAAACCGAAACGCGUCCAGAUGAAAAUCCUCCCGGCUGAGGAAUGCGCCCCUAGUGUGCUUACCUCUCGGAGCCCACCUUGACUGGCAACCCGCGACACCGCCGCGACUCGAUGAAAGACACAACGACCGCUUGGACGUCUUUCAUGAAACAGCGGAGGAUGGGACUGAACGACUUCAUUCAGAGGCUCGCCACCAACGCCUACACCUGCAAGCAGUCAUGUGGAGGUGCAGUCCAUCCUGAACCUGAGUCCUCCGCAAGAUGCUGAGCUGAUGAAUGCCAACCCCUCCCCUCCUCCCAGCCCGACGCAGCAGAUCAACUUGGGCCCGUCGUCCAACCCGUCGGCCAAGCCCGAUGACUUCCACUUCCUCAAGGUGAUCGGCAAAGGCAGCUUUGGCAAGGUGCUGCUAGCCCGCCACCGCCACGACGACCGCUUCUACGCCGUCAAGGUGCUACAGAAGAAGGCCAUCCUCAAGAAGAAGGAGGAGAAGCACAUCAUGUCGGAGAGGAACGUGCUGCUGAAGAACGUCAAACAUCCUUUCCUGGUGGGCCUGCAUUACUCCUUCCAGACGGCCGGCAAGCUCUACUUCGUCCUCGACUACAUCAACGGGGGAGAGCUCUUCUACCACCUGCAGCGCGAGCGCUGCUUCCUGGAGCCGCGGGCGCGCUUCUACGCCGCCGAAAUCGCCAGCGCGCUGGGUUACCUGCACUCGCUCAACAUCGUCUAUCGCGACCUCAAGCCCGAGAACAUCCUGCUGGACUCGCAGGGCCACGUCGUCCUCACCGACUUCGGACUCUGCAAGGAGAACAUCGAGCCCAACGGCACCACCUCCACCUUCUGCGGCACGCCCGAGUAUUUGGCUCCCGAGGUUCUCCACAAAGAACCGUACGACCGCACGGUGGACUGGUGGUGCUUAGGGGCCGUCUUGUACGAGAUGCUCUACGGCCUGCCUCCCUUCUACAGCCGCAACACGGCCGAGAUGUACGACAACAUCCUGAACAAGCCCGUGCAGCUCAAGCCCAACAUCUCCAACGCCGCCCGCCACCUCCUGGAGGGCCUCCUGCAGAAGGACAGGACCAAGCGGCUGGGCUGCGCCGACGACUUUAUAGAAAUUAAGAACCACGUGUUCUUCUCGCCCAUCAACUGGGACGAGCUCAACGGCAAGAAGAUUACGCCGCCCUUCAACCCCAACGUGACGGGGCCCAACGACCUGCGGCACUUUGACCCCGAGUUCACGGACGAACCGGUGCCCAACUCCAUCGGCUGCUCGCCCGACAGCGCGCUGGUGACGGCCAGCAUCAAGGAGGCGUCCGAGGCCUUCGUGGGCUUCUCCUACGCCCCCUCCAUGGACUCGUACCUUUAGCAAGCAAACCGCUCGUUGUCACCUUGCAACAAAACUGCUGUAUGUAAAUAUCGCACCAACGGACCCGCAAAUGGUUUGCGACUGAGUCGCCAGGCACACAUUUGUUCGUCCACGUGGACAUCGCCGUCUCCCUCCUGCGCCGUUUCUCCACAUUCCUUAUUUUAUUUUAUUUUAAUUUGUUUCGUGUUCGUCACGGGAUGAAACUGGGAGCUAGUUGAAUGUUACAAGAGCGGCCGUUCGUCGUCAAAGGUGCCUUUUUGGGGUGGUGGGCGGGGCUCUGCUCCCAUGCCCGCGUUGCACGGAACACUAGAGGGCGCUGUGGCACCUUCAAAAUGGCCGUCUGGCAACUGAUCAUUGAAAUGGUGUGAGCACAGCGCCCCCUACGUGUUAUUUUCUGUCGGCUUUUUUAUUUUUUGAAGGGGUGGGGGGUGAACAAACCCUUACGCUGCAAUUAUUUAACAUCCCCCUGAUUGUUUUAGUCCAAUUUGUCCUCACAAGGAAUCAAAUUCCAUUUUAUGUGUGAAUUUUUUUUGUUUUUUUGCUGGAUAUGACGGAUGUGCAUUAAGUUGCCAAGCACUAGUAGAAUGUCUCGUCUUCCAAGUAACCCUUCUAUGCAAGCGGUGACCUCCUCAUAACGCCAGUAAACGUUAGCCGUGAAGGUGCGCGCUCACCGGUCGCAGUGCGUCCGCCAUGUGUAGCCUGGCGGGCAUUCGAGUAGCACCAAAAUGCCCACUUGUGGUUUUGCCUCACUAGUAUAACGUGUGCAGGAAUAUAAUCCGGUCACAAAAGUGACUCGUAAGACGGUCAUUGCAAUUGUGACGAUGAAGUGUACUCGUACAUGGAACUGUACUACAGUAGUACACACACUUUGUCCUUAUUGAAUGUGUCAUUUUCUCCCCCGCGUCGUUGUUGCCUUCCACGUCGUGUCAGCCGACAUUCCGUUGUCAUGUUGUUGAACACUAUUUAAGUUUUUUUUUUUUUGGGGGGGGGGGGGGUUGUGAGUGAGUUGUACUGGAUAUAGAACAGAAAAUGAUCAAAUGACGUGACCCCAAUAAAGGUAAAUGCGUCUAUGU